AGACUCCAGAAAUGGAAAGUUUUUUUUCAGGGGACAUCUUUCUGAGUUACGUAUGUGCGUACUUAUGUACAUACUUAUGUGUGCAUUCUUGUAAUGUGAGCCAAUUCUGAUUAAUUCGUUUUAAAUUAAUAAAUUCCGAGAUAUUUAUGUAUUUGGAAAUAACAUCACCCAAUUUCGCGGAUAAAAUGGAUAUGUACGGAUAGAAGUGCUUCUCCAGGUUAAGAAAAUAUAUGCAGUGGAUCACAACUAAAGUGAUUUAGCCGUAUAAAAAUAUUAAAGCAAGUGACUGAAGUGCAGACAAAAAAUGAUUAAGCAAACGCAUACUGAGUUAUUAAAUAUUGAUGGAGAGUUAGAAACUCUUCCCGCAGAUACAUACACCGUUCAGCAGGCAGUGAAUCUCUUAGGAUUUGGAUGGUUUCACGUUAAACUAUCACUUUUUGUUGGUCUAUGUUGGAUGGCCGACUCUAUGGAAAUGACCAUACUCAGUAUCAUUGGACCAACAACACAAUGCGAAUGGAACGUAUCUACGUACCAAAAAGCUUUUAUGACAACCAUUGUAUUUUUGGGAAUGAUUAUUAGCCCUUCAUUUUGGACUCAAUUAAGUGAUCGAUAUGGCCGUAAAUCGGCCUUAACUUUUUGUGGUGUUCUGCUUGUAUUGUACAGCUUACUAAGUUCUGUGGCACCUACUUUUACUUGGCUUAUCAUAUUGCGUGCACUGGUUGGAUUUUCGAUAGGGUGCAUACCACAAUCUGUGACGUUGUAUGCAGAAUUUCUUCCUUCAAAACAUAAAGGAAAAUGCGUAAUUUUAAUGGAUUGUUUUUGGGCUUUAGGGGCCUGCUUUGAAAUUGCUUUAGCCCUAGCGAUAUAUCCAAACUUUGGCUGGCGAUGGCUUUUGGGCUUCUCAACGGCACCAUUGCUGCUAUUUACUUCUCUUACACCGUGGAUUACAGAGUCGGCCAGGUUCCAUACAAUAAAUGGUAAUUAUGAUAAAGCAGUCCGAGUUUUAGAACAGAUUGCCAAGGAUAAUAAUCGUCAAAUGCUUAUUGGAAGGUUAACAAGUGAUUAUGAAGCCAAUCCACAACAUCAACUGAAAACUUUGUUUAAACCCGAGUUAAGAAAAAUAACAUUAAUUCUCUGGUUUCUAUGGAUGUCUUGUGCUUUUUGCUAUUACGGAUUAGUACUAAUAUCUGCAGAAGUCUUUCUUAGCGAUAAAGGUAAAGCGACGCCCAGUCAGAAUUGUAGCUCUUUUAAUACAAAGGAUUUUAUGGAUUUAAUGUGGAUCACAUUUUCUGAAUUUCCCGGUAUAUUUUUGACAAUAGCUGUAAUCAAACGACAUGGAAAAAAGAAAACAAUGACAUUACAGUUCAUAAUCUUUUCUGUCUGCAUGUCAUUACUUUCGCUUAGUGAGAGUCGCAUUUAUACAACUUCGGUUCUAUUUCUCGCAAGAGGUGUUAUAUCUGGACUUUUUCAAGCUGCGUACAUAUAUACACCUGAUAUCUAUCCGAACAAUUUACGUUCAUUGGGAGUUGGAGGAUGUUCAACUAUAGCCCGAUUAGGCGCAAUGGCUACACCAUUCGUUUCUCAAGUGCUUUUCCAAAGUUCUGCUUUUAGUGCAUUUAUGGUGUACACUUCAAUCGGCUUAUUGUCAGCAGUUGCGUGCAUUAUACUUCCAGAAAGUCAAAUUUUGAUAUGAAUAUUUAUAUACAUAUAAUAUAUAUAUACAGAUUAAAAAUUACACUAUAAAAAGAUGUAUUAGAAAGUAAUGAAGUCGUUUAAGAUUUUUUUUGUAUUUGUUAACAAAUAAACCUUAAUUAAUAUGUUUGGUUAUACCAUGUUCAGACCGAAAAUUUAAAAGAUUAGAUUACAUUUAAGCAUUUCAUAACCCAACAGUGUUCUCACUG